CUUGACCGUGAACGACUUGCACGGUACACCUCCUCCUCAUAAACUUGAUAAAGUCCAGAGACCACUUAUCUAUCAUUUCUUCCAAUAUUCUCUCACUUUGAUAUCGCAUCAAUGGCUGCCAAUGAUCCUUGGCUAGAUUUCGAGCUUGUCCGCCAUAAUGUGAAGCAUAACACUGUCGACAGAUUGAAGCAAAUUCUGGGAGGGUUCAAUGACGAAUGUGGAACCUCUCUCUCAAAGUCGGGGAAAAAGCAGGAAUUGAUUGACAGAAUUGUACUUGCUAUCGAUAGCUGGAAGCAAGCAAACAGUCUGGAUAAAUGGACGAAGGCUAAAUUAGUUAUGUAUCAGGUUCGGAACUCUGGAACGUACGCUCCUGUGCGGCCAUCCACUCUUCCUACAUCCUCGAUAGCAUCCAACUCCUACGCAUCAUCAUCUUCAAUUGGCAAAAUGGCAGGGUACAGCAUUCCUGGUGUCGGUCUGAGUUCGAACAAUUUAAAUAAGCCAUACCCUUCCAGCAAAGUUCCUCUUCCUCUGGGUUCCUCAGGAUCUCCUUCUACUUACAGACCAUCGAACCCCUCCCACAAUUCUAAACCGGAAUUACGAUUCAAAGACUCUCCUUUCUUCCGAGUGCACGAAACAAUCACAUCUGUUAUUGAGUGUCCUGAGUCCCAGAGCGCUGGAGAUCGUAAGCAAGCGGUUGCUUCUUUCACUCUUAAUCAAGAUCAAAUAAGCAGGUUAACAGGCCCCAACACUCGAUAUCGCAUUCGGCUGUUCUGUACAUCAUCCACCUUCUACUCCCCCGCAUCCUUUCGCACGUUUCCCUCACAAUGCCCGAUUGAAUUCCCUACCACAUGCGAAGUCCGUGUAAAUGGCAAAGCAAUCUCUGCUAACCUCAAAGGAUUAAAGAAGAAGCCUGGUACUGCACCCCCUCCAGUGUUGGAUGAGCUUGUGAAUUUCAAUACUAGUCCUAAUCGAGUGGAAAUGAUAUACGUGAAUAGUCAACAACCUGCGCAGCCGAAGAAAUUUUACCUCGUAGUAAAGUUGGUCGAGUCUACAUCGGUUGAUACUCUUGUGGGAAAUCUUAAACAGAAUUGUUUUGAAAGUAGUGAAAAGAUUCAAAAACGGAUGCAAGCUUCUACUUUUGAAGAUGAUGACAUCGUUGCUGGGCCUCAGAAGAUGUCCCUAAAAUGUCCUUUAACGCUUGCUCGCAUCAACACGCCUUGUCGUUCGUCGAAGUGUGUUCAUGUCCAAUGUUUCGAUGCAACGUCAUGGUUCAGCGUCAAUGAACAAACCACAACGUGGUUAUGUCCAGUGUGCGAGAGAACACUCGAGGUCAACGACCUCAUUAUCGACGGAUUCGUUGAAAGCAUUUUAAAAGAAUGUCCUGAUAGUGUGGAAGACGUGAUGGUUGAGGCAGAUGGUGAAUGGCACACGUCUGAUAACACAUACGGGUCUCCCAAUUGGAAGAUAAAACAUCCCCCAAAGCGGUCGGACCCUCCCUCGCGGAAACCACCAUCUUUACCAAAACCACCACUCACAAAUGGGAAUACUGCAUCUUCAAGUACGAUUCCCAACGGUGUACCCAAGAAAUUUGAUGUCGUGACGAUCGAAGACUCAGAUGACGAGGACGAAGGGAGAGUAAAACGGGAACUUUCACCUUCCUUCGGCAAUAUAUCCUCCGCCUCUGGCUCUCAGCCAUCUGUUCCCAUAUCCCGCUCACAAACCGGGGACGUUAUAGAUCUGACCAUAGAUUCGGACGAUGACGAAUCCCCUCCUCCCCCUCCUAACGCUGGUAAACGCAAAGCACCUGAAACCAUUUCUCCCACCGAACCAAUCUGGAAAAAGACCAAAACGAACGAUUAUUCUUUACUGAACAAUGGUUCAUCCCGUGUCUUCAGCGAUGAAUAUUCCCGCAUAGCCCAGCAUAGCUCCCGGCCAUCUGCCUCUACGGGGGCUUCUCCCAGCAUACAUCUAUCUUCGUAUAAUCAGCCCUCUACUUCUGCCUCUUCCUCGCCUUCACUUCCCCCAUUUCAUGAGUCAUUUCCGGGUAGACCUCCCUCUGCCAAUGGUGCACCCCAGCUUCCGCCUAUCAAUGGUUAUAGCUCCCGAGGAUCGGGCGGUUCAACGUCUCGCUGGGUUCAAUAGACUGUUUUAUCUACGGUUUUCGACUGGUAAAAUUAAUGUUGAUUAUUGGCAUAAUUUUGUAGUUUCUGCACGUACUGUAUGCGUACGAGGAUACGAAUACUUUACAUACAAUCCACGCCCCGGAACUCCCCGGAGCAGCUUGAGAUAGCGUCAUUGCCUG